CUAUAAAAGGGAAUAAUAAGAAAAACAAUUACAAUUUUUGUUUUUAGUGUGAAAAUUAUUAAGUAACAACAACAAUCGUAAUUGUUGAUAAAGAAAAGUUUAUUAGCUUAAGAAAAAUAUUUAAUUAACAUAAUGAGAAUUAAUGAGAAAUGCCAAAUGUCUUAAAGAACAAUUUUUUUACAAAAUAUACAGAAAGAAAGGAGAAACAGAGGAGCAUAUUGUUAACUAGCACUGCUUAAAAAUAAAGGAAGAAUUAGUAUAGUGCAGGAGCAGAAUUUAAAACUAAGGAUUUUAAUUAAUAUUGAGUUAUAACUAUUAAUUAAUAAUGUCAACAGUGGAUACAUCAUGCAUUAUGGAUUACGACGAUUGGUCUCCCAAUUAUGGCAACCUGCCCAUGGAGAUUAUCUUACACAUCUUUCGUUUUCUAAAUCAUUCUGACCUUCAAGCUGCCGGAGCGACUUGUAGUCGUUGGCGUGAGGCCCUAUUUGUGGGUGAAUUCAAUCGCAACAUCUUGGUUCAUUUUGUUAAAGUAUGUCUCUCUGAUCGUUUAGCUCCAGCAAAGUUUUUUCUCAAAUGCCAAAGGCCCUAUAGAACGUUUUGUUUGGAAGAGGUAACCUUUGGUCAGACACAAGAACUUUUGACACAAAUUGGGAAAACCGCCACAGAAAUUAUAUUCGAUAAUGCCGAUAUGGGUGACAAACAGUUUUAUGCAUUUAUGGGACAACUAACCCAUUUAGAAUCACUGACCGUAACACGUUGCUCUCCUCUUUUUAUGUCUGGUUCGUUUUUGGAUGGUAGUGGUGAUUUUGCUGGAUCAUUUGCUAAUAUACGACAUUUGUCUCUAAAACAUAAUCAAUAUUUGUCGGAUGCCAUUUUGUUGCGUUUGACUUCGCUCAUUAAGGGUAUUGAAACUCUGGAUAUGUCCGGAUGUCAUAUUGCCUAUCACAAUGCCAUACAUCGACGUUUUUAUCCCAACGAUAGCUUAGCGGCCCAUCCUAGUGAAUCGAUAUUGACUUUUAAGUUUUUGGCCAGGGUAGCAAAUUUACAUAGAAACUAUUUAAAGGAAUUAAAUCUUAGUCACACCAUGAUCAGUGGACCAGCAUUGCAGUCUUUAACAUCUGUGGAGAAUACUGAUGGAGGUUUAUUGCUACAGAGAUUACGUUUGACAGGAUGUCGACAAUUGAAUACCAGCGGGGUCAAAUCAUUUCUACUUACCCAACCCAAUUUAGUUUUGCUAGACUUGGCAGAUACUUUGUGCGUAAAUGAUGAUUGUGUGGCGGCUAUAGUGGAUAGUCUUCCAAAACUAAAAACGCUAAAUGUAGCUGGUUGUGGAGGAAUUACAAAUGCUGGUGCGAAAUUAUUGGGGAAUUUAAAACAUUUACAAAGUCUAAAUAUUUCACGCUGUGAUGGCAUAACUACCGAUGGCCUAACGCAGGGCAUAGCUCGCUCUAACAAUUCUGUGCUGAAAUAUCUUUACAUGUCUCAUUUGAUUGUAUGUGAAGAAAGUAUCAAGUGUAUAGCACACAACUGUCCGGAAUUACGCAUUUUAAAUGUGGGCCAUUGUGUUAAUGGUGUAACUGACACUUCCGUCCAGUGUAUAAUCGAGCAUUUGCGUUGGCUUAGAGAACUCUCUCUGGAAGAUUGUUUUCGUGUCACAGAUGCCGCUCUAACGGGUAUAAAUAUUUCCAAAUUAGAAAUGAAAAACUCUACAAAUCCUUCGACCGGUUUACUGGAAAACUUCCACCCUACCAAUCCCUCCUCUCUGCAUGAACGAGAAAAUUUAAGGUCUUCCAUUUCACCACAAUCCAUGAAGAUUUCGUUACGCAGUAAAGCCGAAGAAGAAAUUGUUAGAGACGCUAAUCGCAAGCGCGCUCUUUUUGCUGUUUAUGAACUAAAUCAGAUCGAUGAUCACAUGAUUGAUGGCUUCAGUAUACAACAGUUAAAAGGUUUGCGAUCACUCAAUCUCAAAGGCUGCAAUAAAAUCACCGAUGUCUCUUUAAAAUAUGGUCUCAAAUUUAUUGAAUUGCAACGUUUAUAUUUAUCCAACUGCCAACAGAUCACUUUGCUGGGCAUGGAAACUUUGGUGCUAAAUUGUCCGUCCAUUGAAGAAAUCGAUUUAUCCGAUUGUUAUAAUAUCAAUGACAAAACCAUACAAUUGUUAACUGCCAAAUUAAGUCGUCUACGUGCAUUACACAUUAGCGGCUGCAGCCAAUUGACCGAUCAUAGUUUAGAUGCAAUUCUAGUAAAUUGUAAAUGUUUGCAGACUCUGUCGAUAUAUCGCUGUCGUCGUAUGUACACUGACAUUGAAGAUCGUUUAGCGGAUCUAUCUACUCUACGCCACUUGAAUAUGGACAAUGCGGGCAGUUUGGAUAAUGUGGAAUUCUUCCGUCUAAAGAAACGUCUAGAUUACUGAUAUUUUGCUGCAAUUUUUGUUGUAUUUAUACUCUAUUACUUUCAAUUAUAUAAUUUUCAUUAAUUUGUCUUUUUACAUUUGAAAAGACAUGCUCUUUUGGGCUCAUGGCAAAUCUACAUUUUUUAAGAUUGGCAAUAAUUAAAUAUGUAAUAGCAAACUAUAGUUUUCAUUACCUACUAGAACUUUGUAUUGUUGUUAAGUUUUAGACACAUUUUUAAAUUUAUUUAUUUGUAAAUAUUGUUGUUAAGGGGGAACUUUUAAAAAAAUGUACAAGAUUAAAUCUUAUAAUUUUAUAUGUAGUUUUAAUCGAAUACAAUACAAUUGCAGUUCACUUUGAAUACAUAUUAUUAGAGCUCUCCUCUAAAAGCCUUAAAAUUAAUUGUUGAAUAAUUUAUUUAUUUAUUUAAAAAAUCAUUGUUAAAAUUCUGUUGUUUUUAUUUUAUAAUAUAUUUAUUAUAAUGUGUGUUUGUAUAUGUGUGUGUAUAAUAAAUUGGUCAUAGACACAUUUAUUUAAAUAUUUAACAAUCUAACUGUGAUUUAUAAACAAAAACAAACUAAUUACAAUUUAUAAAUAGAAUGUGAAAUGAUGUAUUACACCGACGUUAAAAUUGAAAGAAAAAUCUUUAUGCAGAAACAUGAAAAUCAAAAUAAUUGUCUUUGGCACAAAUAUUAUUAUCGAUUUAUAUGGAUAUAGAUCACACCUCAAAAAUAUAUACAUAUACCCAAAAAGUGGAUAAUGUAAAUCGAAAUGUGACAAAUGAUAAUGUAUGUAAAGCCUUCAUCUUAGUAUGUAUUUAAAUAAAAAUUUGCUGUUAUGGAAA